CUCGCGGUCUCUUUUUCUUCAGAUUAAAUUUUGGAUUCGAGAAUUUUAGUCCCUGUCGGUGAUUAGUAGGAAGAUGAAUUUUGUUUUCCGAAUUGGUCUAAACGCGAAGACGACGACAAUCUGGAUGGGUUUUCUGGUUUUGCUAUCUUGCUGGGUGAACAAAAUGUUUCGAAUAUCCCGUACCAUUUAAACUCGUGAGCUCUUCGUUCGAGAUUUUCAAUCUCAUUCGUGUAAUUGUGGGUUCUGGUCACGAAGCUAUAUUUUUGUAAAGGGAAAGUGAAAUAAAAUAGACUUUUCAAUGGCAUGGAGAUGUUAUGCAAACCUUGCUGGAUGAGGAGAAAUGCAUCUAUCGUCUACGAGAUUGCACGUAUUAUGGACUAUGAAAUUAGAUUCGACAAUUUGUGGUGUCUAUGUUCCCUAAUGACUUAAAUCACAGUGGGAGAUUACCUGGCCUUGGACCUCAAGCUAUGAGUACUUCGACCCAUGGAACGUUUUCUUCAUCAAGGAGCAUUGGAAAUGUGAGAAACGAGCCAGAUCACCUUCUUGUCCUUGUUCAUGGCAUCAUGGCUAGCCCACGAGAUUGGACUUACUUUGAAGCAGAGUUAAAAAGGCGUCUGGGAAGAAACUUCUUGAUAUAUGCAAGUUCCUCAAAUACUUUCACCAAAACUUUCACUGGAAUUGAUGGAGCGGGAAAAAGGUUAGCAGAUGAGGUCUUGCAAGUGGUACAAAAGACAGAGAGUUUAAAAAGGAUUUCUUUUUUGGCUCAUUCUCUUGGUGGUUUGUUUGCGAGAUAUGCUGUUGCUGUCCUUUAUAAUAACUCAAAUACCUUGUGUAGCAGCAUGCCCAAUGAUCUUGGCAAUUCUUCAAAAAGAGAUACAAUUGCAGGACUAGAGCCAAUCAGUUUCAUUACCUUGGCAACUCCUCAUUUGGGAGUGAGAGGUAAAAAUCAGCUUCCUUUUCUUCUUGGAGUUCCCUUCCUUGAGAAACUGGCUCCACCAAUAGCCACUAUUUUUGUGGGCCGAACUGGUAGUCAGCUGUUCCUUACCGAUGGCAACCCUGAUAAACCACCACUUCUCUUAAGAAUGGCAUCUGAUUGUGAAGAAGGGAAAUUCAUAUCUGCCCUUGGUGCCUUUCGUUCCCGCAUCCUUUAUGCCAAUGUAGCUUAUGAUCAUAUGGUUGGUUGGCGCACAUCGUCUAUAAGGAGAGAGAAUGAACUUUUCAAGCCCCCUCGCCGAUCUUUGGAUGGCUACAAGCAUGUUGUAGAUGUAGAAUAUUAUCCUCCGGUUUCCUCGGCUGGUUCCCAUUUCCCCCCAGAAGCAGCUCAAGCAAAGGAGGCAGCUCAAAAAUCACCAACCGUGCAUAAUACGGUGGAUUAUCAUGAAAUCGUAGAAGAGGAGAUGAUUCGUGGCUUGCAACAGUUGGGAUGGAAAAAAGUUGAUGUCAGCUUUCAUUCCUCAUACUGGCCGUUCUUCGCGCAUAACAACAUCCACGUGAAAAACGAAUGGCUUUACAAUGCCGGUGCAGGUGUUGUUACUCAUGUUGCAGACACCCUCAAGCAACAAGAACCGUCUUCAUUCGCCACUGCAGCAGCGAGCUUGUAGCAGUGAGCAGUAGAGUUUAAUCGUGUUGGAGAAUCAGCACAGUACAAAGAUGAGUGAAUAUCGCAGAUCGAUUACGUUAGUGUUGUUAUAGUUUUUAGUACGGAGAAAUUAAGGUUAAUUCUACAUUUUCUUCUACUACAAUAAUGAACUAAUGAUGUUGUUUAAGGAAAAACAACAUAGACACACUGGUAUAUCUUAAAUCAACUAGUUGAUUACCUUUUAUUUAGUACUUUUUCCCUGA